AUGUAUCGCCCAAACGAACAAGAUGAGGUGCUCGCGGCGCCUGCCAUUCCGUCCGAAGUCCGCUUACAAAGCAUCAUCGCCCUCGUAGUAGCGACCAUGUCCCUGGUUGGUGCAGGAUGGAUCAUGGCCAGUUACGUGAUAUUCCCCGACCUGCGCUCAUUCCGCCACCGUCUGAUCACCGGGCUUGCCAUCAGUGAUGCACUCAUGGCGCUAAACUUCCUGUGCUCAACGGCAAUGAACGUGGGCGGCAACCUCAUAGGCACGCCGGGAAACGUCGGCUUCUGCAGCUUCAACGGUUUCGUGACGCAGGUCUUUGUUAUCCAGACGGACUACUGGGUUCUGACCAUCGCCGUCUGCACGUACUUCAUCUUGGCUGGUCACAAAGUCCAGUCCACCUGGGUGCAGAGCCACGAACUCGUCGUCUUGGCACUGCCCUGGUUUUUCUCUGUCCUCUGGGCCGUUGUUGGUCUCGGUGUUGUCGGUUACGGGGACAUAGGUGCUUGUGAGCGAUUUUUGAUGACAUCCAGCCCCGCCCCUGUUUGA